AUGAAACUUAUUAUCAUGGUAUUCAAUAACGAUUCAAUAAAAGUUAGCCCCGAUCUUUCUAAUGAUAUUGGACGUUUAUUAUCUUUGGAUCAACAACUGGAACGUGGUAUAAAAUCGUGCAAUGUUAUUGAAUUAUCGCACUUAUUUUAUGAAUAUUAUGACAACGCAGAAGGAAAUCGAAAUCUAGACAAGAUAGCUGGUUUACGGUGGAUGAUGAAUCAGUGUUUUCAUCUCAACAUGGACAAGACAUGGUCCGUAUAUGACUGGUCACAAUUUCCAUUAUCCACUGCUAAAUUAUCUUAUGCGUGCAAUGAUGUAACAUCGAUGAUGAAAAUAUAUCGUUUUUUAAAUCCGCAUUAUAUGAAUGAUAACAAUAAUUCAUCAUAUGAAAAACCAAUUAUCGUAUCAAAUCAUACAUCAAAGUUUUCUUUCGUAGAAUGUGUCAUGCAGGCUAAGUCUCAUAAAGAUAAAGCAACAUCGGUCUUACGUAAAUGGGGUAAAAGCUUCUUUCAGGAAUACCGUUUGAAAAUUGAUUACAUUGUAAAUGCGAUCAAUCGACGUAUUCCUCAACGAUUUCGAGAACGACGUGAUAAUAUUGAAAAGCGUGCUAUGAUCAAUUGUGAACGAGGAAGAUGGUGGCAACGCAAUGCAGCUGUGAGACUUGCAGUGGAACCAUUUAUAGUGGCCGAUAUAUGCGCGAAUGAAGAAGUUCUUGACUCUAAAUCACCAGGUGACUGGAACACACCUAUUAGUUCAUGGGACCCAAAUUAUUGUCACAAGAAAUUUCUCGAAUUGACUGGAUAUGAAAAAAGCAACUUCUGA